AAAGCACUAGCGCACCGCGCCGCUUCCCGGCCGACAGGAAGUCAGCGUAGAGCGCCGCGCGAAGUUCUGGCGUCACUUCCGCGCGACUUUCCGAGGAGGUCAUGGCGGCUCUGUGCGGUGUCCGCUGGCUGACCCGAGCGCUGGUCGCCACCCCGAACCCUGGUCCAUGGAGGAGUCUGUGUACCUCCACGGUGGCGCAAGCCGCCUCGCGGAGCCAAGCGGAGGACGUGAAGGUGGAGGGCGCGUUCCCUGUGACCAUGCUGCCGGGAGACGGCGUGGGCCCAGAGCUGAUGCACGCUGUCAAGGAGGUGUUCAAGGCUGCCUCUGUCCCAGUGGAGUUCCAGGAGCAUCACCUGAGUGAGGUGCAGAAUAUGGCAUCCGAGGAAAAGCUGGAGCAGGUGCUGAGUUCUAUGAAGGACAACAAGGUGGCCAUCAUUGGAAAGAUCCAUACCCCAAUGGAGUACAAAGGGGAACUAGCCUCAUAUGAUAUGCGUCUGAGGCGUAAAUUGGAUUUGUUUGCCAAUGUUGUCCAUGUGAAGUCACUUCCUGGCUACAUGACUAGACACAAUAAUCUAGAUCUGGUGAUCAUUCGAGAGCAGACAGAAGGCGAGUAUAGUUCUCUGGAACACGAGAGUGCAAGGGGCGUGAUUGAGUGCUUGAAGAUUGUCACUCGAACCAAAUCUCAGCGGAUUGCUAAAUUUGCCUUUGACUAUGCCACUAAGAAGGGACGGGGCAAGGUUACAGCUGUCCACAAGGCCAACAUCAUGAAACUUGGGGAUGGGUUGUUCCUACAGUGCUGUGAGGAAGUUGCUGAACUGUACCCCAAAAUCAAGUUUGAGACAAUGAUUAUAGACAACUGCUGCAUGCAGCUGGUGCAGAAUCCUUACCAAUUUGAUGUGCUUGUGAUGCCUAAUCUCUAUGGCAACAUUAUUGACAACCUGGCUGCUGGGCUGGUUGGAGGAGCUGGUGUAGUGCCUGGCGAGAGCUACAGUGCUGAGUAUGCAGUCUUUGAGACGGGCGCAAGGCACCCAUUUGCCCAGGCAGUGGGCAGGAAUAUAGCCAACCCCACAGCCAUGCUACUGUCAGCUUCCAAUAUGCUGCGGCAUCUUAAUCUUGAGUACCACUCCAAUAUGAUAGCAGAUGCUGUGAAGAAGGUGAUCAAAGUCGGCAAGGUACGGACUCGAGACAUGGGCGGCUACAGCACCACAACCGACUUCAUCAAGUCUGUCAUCGGCCACCUGCACCCUCAUGGGGGCUAGAGCCCUUUAUUCCUUUCAACCUAACAAGGACCAUACUACCUACACAUCCCUUCAGUACAGUGGACCAACCAGAAGAGCCCUUAAAACCAAUAGACCAAUUACAUCAUCUCCUGGGCAGAGCCUAGGUUGUCCUGGGGCUGGCUUCCUUAAGGGGACUGGAUUACUGGAGGGUGGGGAGGGCAUUAGGGAUAGUGCCUAGGCCACACUGACAGGGAUGAUGACAAUUCUCCCCCACAGGUCCGAACUUCAGACAUGGGUGGUUAUGCCACCUGCCACGACUUCACUGAGGCUGUCAUUGCUGCCCUAUCCCACCCUUAACCCCCACCCACAUCAGUACAGGUGUUAAAUAAAAAUAAAAACAUUUAAUU